AUGAAGACCCAGAUUGGUGAAAUAUAUGAGUGUCCGUCAAAUCAGCUCCAGCUGCAGCAGUUGGUUGUGAAUGGGAGGGAGUUGAGGGAAGAAGAGCUAGGUGAGAUUUUGGGAUGUGAAGAGGGAGAGAAGCCUGAUUGUAUCAUUACUCAGAAAUUGAAUGUUGGGGGUAAGCUUCGGGCUGAUGCCAGCAAUGGGAACACUAAUGUAUUCAUGAAUGGCAGAGAGAUCACAAAGAUUGAGCUUAGGGUACUCAAGCUGGCCAAAGUGCAGUGCCCUCCAGAUACUCAUUUCUGGGUGUAUGAAGAUGGUACAUAUGAGGAGGAAGGGCAGAAUAACAUUAAAGGAAACAUAUGGGGAAAGGCAUCCACCCGUUUCAUUUGUUCAUUAUUCUCAUUGCAUGUACCAUCUCGUAAUCAAAAUGGGGCAAUAGAAGAUCCUAUGACACAACCUUCAAGUAGGUCCAUCCCUGAAUACUUGGAUCAGGCAAGAGUUCAAAAACUUUUGUUAUUUGGUCUGGAGGGAUUUGGAACUAGCACCAUCUUCAAGCAGGCCAAGUUCUUAUAUGGGAAUGAGUUCACUCUCGAGGAGGUGCAGAACAUGAAGCUCAUGAUUCAAAGCAAUAUGUACAAGUACUUAAGUAUAUCACAUGUGGAAUCUGAUGGAUACAACCAUGGAGGAGGAAAAGAAAUAUCAGAAUGUUGA